UGAAGGAACUUCUUCUGAAAGUGGUUGAAAGUAGAAAAGGCCAAGUACAUGAUGACAGGCAUGUGCCAGUGGUUGAAACUCCACCAUGGAAAUUUGGUUUUCGUGAAGUAGGUCUUGUGGUCUUCUUGCUCUUGCUGGCAGCCAUAGGGUAUGGAAUGACCCGGAAAAGACAAGAACAGUUAGGGAGAGCACCGUCAGCUGCAGAGUUGAGAAAUGCGCGACUAUCAAAAUUGACCAGGUCUUCCCCUCAAGAGCCAUCACAAUUACCACAGAAAGAUGGAAAAAGUGAUAUUUCACAGAAAAAUGUGAGAAAGAGGAAACAUGAAAACCAGGAGUCAUCACAUAAGAGUCCAGCAGCACUGAAACAAAAUUAUGAUGAUUGUGACAACGAUCGAGCAGACAGUGAAGAUGCCGCAGUUGUUGGUAAAACAGAAACAGAACCUCUAAUAUCCACAGUGACAAAUGCCCAUACUGCUAAAGAGGAUCAGCAGGAUAUUUCCACUGCAGAAAUGACUGGUUCAGUGAGGAGUCCUGCUCUAGCAGUACCAAAAACAAAAGUCAAACAAAAGAAGCAACAGCAACAUGGGAGGGUGCUAUCAGCUGAUGAGCUAAGAAAUGCUCGACUUUCAAAAUUGAACAAACCAUUACUGCAGGAACAAGAGAAAAAAGAUGUUAAUGAAGAACAGCAUUAUUUACAUCAGGGGCACUUAGAAGAUGAGCAAAAUGUUCUUGAGCAUGUUCAAGAUUUAAGUGUAAAUGCAGAUAUUAUGGUUACAUCUUUUACAGGUCAAGAAUUGACGUCGCAUUUAUCACAUACCCUAUCCAAAAAUGAACAAGAUACAGGAACUGAUAAAACAGACACUGGUUUUAUGGUGUCUUCAGUGUCAGCAGAUGAUACUGCUAAAGAAAAUCAGGAUGCUGUUUCCUCAGCUCAAACAAUUGUCACACCCAUAGCUCAGGGGAACAGUCCUGACAUGUCAGAAACUAUAAUAGAGCCUGAAAGUGAAGAACAUACCUGUCUCCUGUCACAGUCACCUGAGAAACAAACACAAUCUAAAGCUAUUGCACAAAAAGCGGAAGAAAUAAGUGAAAGUAAAAGUGUUAAAGAACUGCCAAAUGAAACUCUGGUUCCACUACUGCUGUCUGAUGUCCUUGACAUUCCAGUGGAGCUGCAGGGCGAAAAAAGCACCCCCAAAAGUCUCUCAAAGCUGUAUUUAAAGAACAUCCCCAGUUCAGAGGCUGAGCUUAGUGCAGUGGUUUGUGAGGUGGUCCAGAAGAGGGUGAGACGUGAACACAGGGACAAGGUGGGGCUUUGUGUGCAAUGCUUUGACAGGUGUUUUGAGGUUCAGAGACCUGAAUCCCUGGCAAAAUUCAUACUGGAGGCAGUGAAGACAGGGCUAGCUUGUGCUAUUUUAAAGGAGUUAGAAAUUGAUUUUUCAGAUGAUGAUGACUUUUGGUCUGAUGUAACAACAAGUGACAGUAUCUCCACAGUGAUAACACAGUUCCUGCAGGGGGUGUCUGGGUGUGGUGGGGUGGCAGUGCCCCCAGCUCUACUAGAACUGAUCUUAACACAGGCAGUGCAGACACCAGAGGGAAGAAAGGCCAUUAUACAGGUGCUUAGAGUCAGUGGACUGCAAAUCAAAAACAGCAAGAGGCUUGAUGAAGCCAUAUUGCAAAAUUCAGCUCUACUAAAUGGAGUGGAGAUCUUGAUGAAUCAGCCUCUGCUGGUUCCAAUAUUGAGUGUUAGACUAAAGGAAGAAAUAAAGGCUGGCAAAGAACAUUUGGGAGCCUACUUUGAGAGGGAGUCUGUAUUUGGUCCACUGCUAUCAGUGAGCAUAAUUCCAACUGAUGUGAAAGAUGGAUUAAAUCUGAAGGCAGUUCAGGCCCAGAUGUUCACCAGUUUGCCUAGAUUUCCAAAACCUUUUGCAGAUGAUAUACAAAGAGUACAGAGCAACAUUCAAGCUGUCCUCUACAAAUGCCAAAGUGCAGUUUACUGUGGAUUGAAGAAGAUGAUGAAGAGCUGUCGUAAUGUAGCACUGGAGUGGAUAGCCACAGUGAUAAACAUGAAUGAGAUGCGUCUCUCUUCAAAUCCUUACCAAGAUAACACAGAUGGUUCUGCCAGCUGUACUGAUGGCUUUAUGCAGAAUCUCUGUGCAGUCCUUUUAGAGUUCUGUGUGCCAUUUUUCAAAGACAUAUCCAAGCUGGAAAAAAUUGAUUCCAGCUACUCGCACUCUGCUGCAUGCUUAUUAAACUAUGAUUAUGAGACCUGCUUGGCUGGAGGUCAAAUAGUUUCUGAGAAAACUCUGGAUGAUGAUGACACCAAGAAUAAAUGUGAGAGUAGUAUAGAACAAUUUAACUUUAUGACGGAAGUUUUCCAUUUGACCCAAAGAGCAAUGAACAUUGGAAGUCUACCAUCUCUAACACAUUUCAUCAAACUUUUAGGUCAGAUUCAGAGAGCUAGAGCUGCCAAACAAGGGACACCUUUGGAAGAACAACUUCAAGCACAAGAAGCAGUGUAUUGCUGGCGAUGGGACUCUUGCAUUAUGGACCCAGAAUUCAUAAGGAAAACUUCUGAAUUCUACAUAACUCAGGCAAUGUGGCUUGACCUGUUGCUACAAAGGUGUAGAGAGAAGGGAAAUAAAGCAGAAGUUACCAUGCUUGAAAAACGGGCGUUUGCUCAGCUCCCUGAGUACAUAGUGAAGGACAUGGCCAUAUGGUUCUCUUUUGUGGCCAGACAAGUUGUAGUGCUGAAACCCAAAGUUCUCAUGGGACUGCAGCUGGCACCAUUUGUGGACUGCUGUGUGAACCUGUUACAAAGACCAGAUCUUGUUCCUGGCCCCAUUCCAGCCAGUAAGAUAGUUGGGGCGCUGGCAGCCUUUAUGCAGACUUCUAACAGGGGAAGCAGAUCUGUAGGAUGGGGCAAUGAAGUGAUGUCAGAGAUGGCGUUAAUGGUGUGUGCGUGUGAGGCAGUACAACAUCACCUAGGGCCUGCCCUACUCCACACCUAUGUUAGUGUGGAUGUGGUCGAAGGACUGGAUGUAGACAAGGAGGACUUUGAUAAAUACAGUGCAAGGGCUGAUAUUGGUAAACUUAUGGAGUUCUUGUGGAACCGUAGAGACAGCAGGAUAUCUGUGUUGAAUAUGUGUGGAACUGAAGAGUUUCAGGCUUUUCUUGGUGCCACACUGGAUACACUGUUGUACCAGUUACAUGACAGUUUAGCGAGGUUGGCCAAUGUCAGAAAACUACAAAUUGCCAAAGAGGAUGAAUCUACUUGGGAUCAACUUAGUUGGGAACAGCAACAAGAGAAAGAAAAGUUUUUAAAAUCAGAGGAGGGUGUAGCUAGGGGAUUUAUGACAAUGGCAAAGCAAACUCUGGGCCUUAUCACCAUGCUGAGUCAAUCGGAGGAAGUGGCCAGGUGUUUUACCCAGAAACCUAUGGCACAGAGAGCUGCUAAUGCAUUUAUAGGUUUUAUUGAAGCUCUUUGUGGGAGCAAGUCUGUUGAGUUUAAAGUGAAAGACAUGGAUAAGUAUUCGUUCAAUCCACGGCAGCUUCUGUCAGAUGUCUGCCAAGUAUUGCUGAGGAUAGCAAAGGAGGAAACCUUCAAAACAGAAGGUUUUGUUCACAGCCUGGCUAUGGAUCCUGACUACUCCCCGACUGCAUGGGCCAAGACGUAUACAGUCCUUAGCGAGAAAGGAGUUGGCGAUGAUCAAAUGGUGGAGGAGUUUGGUGAACUUUUAACACAGAUUGACAAACUGAGAGAAGUACAAGUCCAGGAGGUGGAGGGUAGAGCAGAAGACCAAAAAAGAGCUUGGGACACCAUUUUAGCUCCUCUAGACAUACCCAGUAUUGAAGAAGAAUACCACAACAGGAUGGUCGAUUUAAAGUAUGGAACAGCAGACAUACAGGAGAGUCAUAGCUUUAGAACUAGUGCAGGCCAGUCUCAUGAUCCUCGGUCACAGAAGUGGAAGGCUCUUAUGAAAGAAAUCAAACAAUUACAAAAAGACUUGCCUGUACACUUGAAUGCUGCCAUUUUUGCAAGACAGGAUGAGAAUCAGAUGGACAUAGUACGUGCUGUGAUCACAGGUCCUGCUGAUACGCCAUACAGUCGAGGCUGCUUUGUGUUUGACAUCUACUUCCCCACCAACUACCCACAUAUUCCACCUCUGGUCAAACUGGUGACAACAGGGAAUGGCACUGUCAGGUUCAAUCCCAACCUCUAUGCAGAUGGCAAGGUGUGCUUGAGUCUGCUGGGGACAUGGCACGGAGGUGACGCCAGUGAAAAGUGGAACCCCAAGACUUCAUCAUUGUACCAGGUACUGGUUUCCAUACAAGGGAUGAUCUUGAUUGAAGAUCCUAUGUUUAAUGAACCUGGUUAUGAUGGCAUAAGAGGGACUGAAGAAGGAGAGUCCCGCAGUGCUCAGUACAACAGUAAGAUACGACUCUACACCAUACGCCAUGCUAUGCUGGGACAGCUGAGAAAACCUCCCCCAGGUUCAGAAAUUGUCAUACGUAGACAUUUUUAUCUACAACGCCAAAUGAUCCUGAAGCAGUGCCAUGACUGGCUGGAAAUAAGUGAGGAGUCCGAGAAAGGAAGACUUCAUCUAGCAGUCGAGGAACUGAGGACUGAACUGGAAAAACUGGCAGAAGAUCCCAACAUAUUUGAUGAAAAAGAUGAAGAAUCUGAAGAUUAAUGUUUUGAAAAUCAUGGAGGGGGAGGGGUGGGGGGGAUUUGCGUAAAAUGUUUACAUUUGGUACUCGGAAAACAGACAAAAUUACUGAUGUUAUUACUGCUUUUCUUUCAAGUUAAAGGAGUAUUUUAAUAAAAGGGGUACAUGUAUAUAAUACAUGUACUACAUACCUGAACAUUUCAAGUAACAGAGACAAAUAUUUGCUUGAAAUUACUAAAUGGAAUGCACAGGAAUAACUGUAUCUGUUAAUUGGUAAGGGCACUUCAUAAAACACUGCACCUAUUGCAAUAGAGGAAACUUUCUAAAAACUUUAAAGGGAUAAUAACUCUUCGUAUGAGAUCUAUAUUUCACAAUAAAAACAUUGAGAAUAACUCAU